GUCACGAUACAUUCAGAAUCUUACUAUUUAUUAUAUGACUGAACAGUAAGACGAGUGAUCAGUCUGUGAUUUACAGAGAGGACGAAAAGGAAUAGAAAGACACGAAGAUUGUGUGACGCUUCAACGGCCGUAUACGGUUGAGACGCGAAAGCCACGACCUUUUUCGUCAUUCAAGAAAAGGCGUCUGUUGAAUGUAGGCGAAAAGAAAUCGAAAAUUUACAUUUAACCAUGAUAAAUAAUACAUUUCUACCAAUUUUACUUAUUAUCAUGCAUUAUAUCUUUCUAAUUCGUUACAAGACGCCAUGUAUUCACAUGUUUCUUUGACACCGGCAACACUUGGGAAUGCUCAUGGCGCCUGCGAGUCAUUGCACACUUAACAAAUCUUACUUCUCAUCAGAAGUUUUAUUAAGAUAUCACCAUACUUUAAAAUGAUAACAUACCAGAAUUAGACAAAGAUGUUUAAUGAAUCCGAUGAUUCGACGAUACUUGACGCAUGAGAACACUCGUAAAUGGCAAGCGCAGGUUUGGAAGUAAAAGAAGCAGGUCGAGCCCUCAGGGUUCAGACAGAAGCACCUCAUCUAGUUUCUAUGGGAAGUGGUCGCUUGUCGACAGCAGUUACCCUUCAUCCAUUACCAGAAGGUCGAGUUGUUUUGGGAUCCGAUCGAAAUUCUGAUAUUUCCGUAAUAGGAACAGGUGUUGAAUCUAUUCAUUGUGCAAUUGAAAAUAACAACGGAAUCGUCGUUCUCCAUCCAAUAAAUGGAAAUACAUUAGUUGAUGGUGUCACUGCUGUUUCACCUAUCAGACUUACUCAAGGAUGUAUGAUUUUGAUAGGCAGAUCUAAUUAUAUGCGUUUUAACAACCCAGCGGAAGCUAAACAAUUAAAGUCAGUUUUACCAAAUUCAAGAAUAUCAAUGGCACCGAUAAAUUUUUGUUCCCUAACUGACAAUUUGGAGGACUUUUUAGAAAGAAAGCCACCAGUUGCACCACGCAAAUCACCAAGGAACUCUUAUUCAGAUGAUGAAAUUGGAUUUCAAGGAAAAUUAACUAAAUUUGAAAUGCUUGCAAGACAAAACAGUAGAAACUGUGUUUCACCUAAAGUAUUUCCAGCAGGUUCAUUAACUACUAAUGUGCCUGCUGAUCAAAUUCUAGGUCAUUCGAGAACUGCAAGUUUAGUUUCACUUACUAAAAGCCAAAAUUCUCCUCUACGAAAUCUCACAAACUUUGACACAAGCCGUUCUAAUACCCCGCAUACCCGUACAAGUGGGCAAAUUAGUCCUGUUGAAGGAUAUAGACAAAGGCUAGAUAGUAGAACACCUAGUCGCUCAAAUACUCCAAAUUCAGAGUAUCAUACAUCAACACCUAAUCACAAUCAAAUUCAAAUGUAUACAGCAGCUGGAGCUUUUGUUAAAACUUUCAAACCUCAGUACAAUGAAAAUAACAAUGAGAAUCAUAUUCUACAGCAUGCAUUAUUACCUAAAAUAUGUAAUAAUAAUUUUGAUUUAAUGUCAAAAAGUUUAACGUGUCAAAUGUCAUCAGACUUUGAUAAAUUCGGACGUGAGUUUGAUAUGAGUCAAAGUCUUAUAGUCACUAAAACGACAAUGACUGAAUUUCUUCAUGUUGAUAAUAAGUAUGAAUCUAAUUCAAAUUUAUCUAAUUGUCCAUUAAUUACCGGCUCUAGUCCAUCAGUAAAUAGUCUAAAAAGUAUACAAAAUUUUGGAUCAAAUCCUAAUAUUAAAAGAAAUCAAGUACCAAGUCCUGCAUUUAAUCGUAAUCCUAAAUACAAUGAUCACAAAAAACUCCAAGAUAGAAUUAAAAGCCCAACACCAAGUGUAGGUAGUAAUUGCUCACUUGAUGAACUUCGUGAACGUCAGGCUGAUGCGGAAUUUAAACGAAAAGAAGCAGAGAAUAAAAGAAAGAUGGUACAAGAAGAAAGACUGCGAGAACAGGAAAUUGAGAGGCAAGAGAAAAUGAGACUGGAAGAAAUAUUGGCUAUGUGUGCGGAAUAUGAACGACAAAAUACAUUAGAAAAACCAAGGCAACCCAACAGAAUCAAGACAAAUGGAUCUUUACCACGAGAUAAAAGGCCACCAUACAACUCUUCUCCCUAUCACAGUCCGAAGAGUCCACCAGAAGGUCAAUCUCAUUUCUCUUUUGAAACAGUUAACCAAAAUUUAUCUACAAAAACUGUUGGUGAUUGUUACAAAACUACUCAAACUAACGGAAAUUUAUCACACGACGCUCAAAAUAUUUCAUACACAUCAGACGAAUUAUUAUCAACAAAUAACAAUAAAUUUACUAAUAGUCUAGAUGACGAUCGAGUAAAUUUUAAUUCAUCAAACGCACCACUACAAGAUUCAAAUUCCAGCCAAGAGUAUAAUUCAAAUAUGCGAAAUAAUGAAGCCAACAAUAAUUUCAAUAUGGAAGCAGUAAAAAACCCAUCUAUAUUUAGUACAAUACAACUCAAUGGUAUAAGAAUAAAACAUGAGUCUGUUUCAAAUUCUGACAAUACUUAUUUCAACGGUAAUUCGAAUAUCUAUGAAAAUGUAAUAAAUGUGACAGAAAGAAAUAAUAAUAAUAAUAAUAAUAACAACAAUAAUAAUAAUCAAAAUUGUGUUACGCUUAAAAGAAAUGGACAUUCUACGCAAACAUGUGAAAUAAUAGAAAAUAAACUAGCGAUAUCGAAUGAUGAUUUGCUUGAAGCUAUUGAACAACUUUCCAUGUUGUCAAAGUCCAAAGAAACUAGUAUUACACCAAAGAAAAAUAAUUCUGAAAAGAAUAACACUAAAUCAAAUGAAGUGAAGGCUGAUAAUGAUAGAAAAAUAUUAGAGGAUGAAGAUAAAAAAAAGUAUAUUGCAUUUUUAGAAAAUGAAAAACUUCAUAUUCUUAGUAAUAUGAACGUUUUAAAACGCAGUAUUGCUGAUAUUGAAAUUCAAGAAGAAGAAAUUAGUCGAGAGCUUGAAUUGGAGAAAGCACUAUUAUCAGCCGAAUACGAUUCAGAAUCAUUAAAAUUAACAGGUGAUGAAACAGAAAAAAUAAACGUCCAAAUGCGAAUAAAUAAUCUUGAACGAGAAAUGGCUGAAGAUACUUCAAUGCAAACUAAACUUCAAGCUGAAGCAAAAUCAAGAGUUGAAAAAGCGCAGCAAUUGUGUACUCGUUUGGAGGAAGAAUUGAAAAACUGUGACAGUGACGACCAACAACAAGUACUUAUUGACAAGUUACAUGUACAGCAAGAUGCUUUAGAAACAGAAAGAAAAACUUUUGAAGAUCUUGAAUUUCAUCAUCUUGAAGAAGAAGCAAGCAAAUUGGCAACUAGAGAAGAAUUACAAAGGUACCUGAGUGAACUUUCUAAUAAGAUAGAACUACGCAAGACACAAAUGAGUAAUUUAGAGUCACAACGAAAUGAAGCAAAAAUUAUCGCAGCGAAAGAAUCUCGAACGCUUGAACGACAAAAAUUAGGUCACAUGAGAAGAUUAGAAGAAGGUAGAAAUAGAGUACGUGCCAUCGACGAUGAAUUGCAGAAACUAACUCAAAGUGGAUCUGACAAUACUGAAGAAAAACGAUCAUCCAGUAGAGAAGAUUUCGACAGAAUAUCACGAGUAACGACAGAUUCUCCGAUUGUUAAUAAUCAGGGAAGUUUAGGGAAAAAAACAAUCGAGUCACUGAGGGAAAUAGAACGAAAUCGACAAUUACAUUUAGCAAAACAAGGUAGUCAAGUCAUAUCAGAGGAACGUAGAAGAGUGGAAGAAUUGAAAAGACGAGUACAAGAUGAAGUACGAUCGCAAUGGGAAGAAAGAAAAAUGAAUUGUGCAUCAUUUAAUAGCGUUGAAUCAGGUGAAGAAUCAUCUAGCUAUUCAACCGGACCAACUGAAAGUGGGAGUGGAAGUAGUGAUGGUGCUGAUGGAACUAAUGAAAAAAUGUCACCUGGUAAACUUUCGGAAUUUACAUCACCCAGCCCUGGUCCAUCUAAUAACUCUUAUACACUUCUUCAAAAUGAUAACAUGAGGGAUGGCCGAAGGAUUUCCUUGAUGGAAGGAGAACGACUUAGCAGUAACAGCGUUGGAGUAGAUGGUAAUGAAAGUCGUCCUCUUUCUGAAACUUCCAGUGAGAUUGACAGUGUUGGAUCCCUACAGACUGUCAAGUAUCGAGAAAAGCCAAAACUUCAGCGACCGUUGACGAGGUACCUUCCUAUAAAAUCAGAAUCACUGGAUUUGAGACAUCACAUUGAAACAGCAGGCCAUCAGCUGUCUCUCAUUCACGAUAUCAUAAUCGAUACCACAUCAUGCAGCGGUUACUUAUCAAAAAUGAGUAAAAAAUUUCAUCAUUGGAACAAACGUUGGUUUGUGUUUGAUCGUAAAAAGAAAACACUAUCCUACUACAGCGAUAAUUCAUCUAAAAAAGCACGAGGGCUCAUCUAUUUUCAAUCUAUUGAGGAAGUUUAUGUUGAUCAUAUGAACACCGUUAGAUCGCCGCAGCCAUCACUUACCUUCAUCAUAAAAACGUCAACACGGUCAUAUCAUCUAAUGGCACCAAGCCCAGAAGCAAUGAGAGUAUGGGUCGAUGUUGUAUUUACAGGCGCUGAAGGUUAUCAUGAAUUUGAACAUGAAGUUUGAUAAAAUAUUAAACUUUCAUAAUAUUCGUAAGAUCUCAGCUAAUAAGACUAUAUUAUUAUUGCCUAUGUGCCUGAAGAAAUAUUUCUUCAUCAUAAUAUAAACUCAAUAAUACCAUAUGCCAAUAUCCAGCAUUCUAAGGGAAACUAACAAUCAAUGAAAUUAAACCAUUAGCCGACAGUUUUUACUGAUAAUUUUUAGUUAAUAUUAAUUAACAAAUAAUUAACUUAUAUGAUAAGUUAAAUUGCCACAUAAUUGAUAAGUUACUAUUUGCUUAAAAAAAUUUAGUUAAAUAUUUACAUUUAUAGGUAAUUAUUUACAAUUGAAUCUUAUUACUUCUAUUAUAUAUAGAUAUAUAUAUAUUAAUGAAUUGUAAGUUAUAUUAAACUAAAAAAUUUUAAUCUAGUCUUCCAAGUUGAUUACGAUGCAUCUGAAUAAUCGUAUUUUUGGAUAAUAGAUUUUUAGAAUGAUUACUAAUUUUAACAAUAUUUUCAAUACGUCUAUUUUGAUAAUUAAUCAUUAUAGAAAUUGUAUACAAUAUAAUCAACUCAUGUCAAUACGUGCAUAUUUUUCUAUUCAUGUAAAAAACAAAACUUUUGU